CUCCCAACAUACACUGAGUAGCCGGAGAACCCCCCAAAAAAUAAAAAAUCGAAAAACACAAGCAGAGAGCACAGAGAGAGAGAGAGAGAGAAGCACAAGAAGAAAGAGAGCAGCAUAAAAACACUGGCAUUUUCGAUUUGCGAGCUCCUCAAAAAGCUCUCUUAAACUCAAUCAAAAAUUCCCAACAUCACUGUCUUCUCUUUCUCUCUCUCUCUCAUCACCCACCACUCUCCAUUUUCAUCACUUCUCUCUCUAAAAACCAAAAAAAAAAAGGGAAAUUUUCAGUCUUUAUUUGUUUUUUUCUAACAAAAAACAUGUCUUUUAGUGUUUGUUUCAGUUUCAGAUCUUAAGGGGGUGUUUUUUCUGAUGUUUUGAACCUCUUUUCUCCUUCUGGGGUUCAAUAAAAAUUGUAGUGAAAAUCAAGAAUCACACCCAUAGUGUGUGUUUGUGUGUUUUUUUUUGCUUUCUUGGUGUGUGUGUGUUUGGUUCUUGUUUUGAAUCUUUUUUUCUUCUCUUGGGUUGCAUAAAAGUUUGAGUGAAAAUCAAGAAUCACACCAAUUGUGUGUUUGUGUGUGUUCUUUUGCUUUCUGUGUGUGUGUGUUUUUAGUUCUUGUUUUGAACCUCUUUUCUUCUCUUGGGGUUGCAUAAAAAGUGUAGUGGGAAUCAAAAAUCACACCAACUGUGUGUGUAUGUGUGUUUGGUUCUUGUUUUUAUGUGUAUGAUGGAGUGAAAGGGGGCGUUGUGUUAUAUGAUUCGUUUGUUUUUUAGUUUGAGAGAAUCCAUCCAUCUCAUUUUCAGUGACAUUUGAGGGGAAAAGUUUCCAUUUUUGGCUUGUAACCCGAAAAUUCAGCUGGUUCUAUAACGUGUCAGAGUCUUGAAAUUCAUAGGGAAAAUAAGUUUUUGAAGCAAAAAAUACAAAGGGCUAUUGUAGUAGAAAGUUAAAAAGUUUUUUUUGGUUUAAUGAUGAUGGAGUUUGGAGCUUUGUGGUGAAUGGAAAUGGUGUGUAUGGUGUGUAGUUUACAGCUUCUACUGAGUAAAAUUGAUAAAAAGGGGUGAUUUUUUUUUUGUUUGUAUUAGUAUUUUUUUCAUCUAUAUCUUUGGUUUGAGUAGUGUUUGGCUGUACCUUAAGUUAUAAGAUUAGUGUGAAGUGUAAGUUUGAGCCUUCUAUAGAAACCAAAAGGGGGUGUUGGGAGACACCUAGGAAUCUUCUAGUUCAAUCAAGAUCGUCCAUUUAAUCUUGUCUGAGAUCACUAGGAAAAGAAAAAAAAAAAGAAAAAGAAAAAGGAAAAGCCUUUGUUUCAGAGAAUCUUAGUUCUCUGUGUAGUUAUAUAUAUAUAUACACAUAUAUAUAAAGCUGCUUAGAAAACAGUUUCAGGGAAUAUUUCUACUUGGGGUUGUUUAUUUAAUCAAAGGGUGUUUGAAAAAUCUUGAAUUUUUGUUCUGGGGUUUGAGGGAAAAAAUGGCUAUGGUGGCACAGCAGCAUAGGGAGAGUAGUAGUGGUAGUAUUACAAAACAUCUUGAUAGUAGUGGAAAGUAUGUUAGAUACACGGCUGAGCAAGUUGAAGCUUUGGAGAGGGUUUAUGCUGAGUGUCCUAAGCCUAGUUCGUUGCGCCGGCAGCAAUUGAUCCGUGAAUGUCCUAUUCUGUCGAAUAUCGAGCCUAAGCAGAUCAAAGUUUGGUUUCAGAACAGAAGGUGUCGAGAGAAGCAAAGGAAAGAAUCUUCUCGACUACAGACCGUAAAUAGAAAAUUGUCUGCCAUGAAUAAACUGUUGAUGGAGGAGAAUGACCGCUUGCAGAAACAAGUGUCGCAGCUUGUAUGUGAAAAUGGCUAUAUGCGGCAACAAUUGCAAAAUGCAUCGGCGGCUACUACUGAUGUAAGUUGUGAGUCAGUGGUAACCACCCCUCAGCAUUCCCUUAGAGAUGCUAGCAAUCCUGCUGGACUACUAUCAAUUGCAGAAGAAACCUUGGCAGAGUUCCUUUCUAAGGCUACAGGAACUGCUGUCGAUUGGGUCCCGAUGCCUGGGAUGAAGCCUGGUCCGGAUUCAGUUGGGAUUUUUGCCAUCUCACACAGUUGCAGUGGAGUGGCAGCCCGAGCAUGUGGUCUUGUUAGUUUAGAGCCAACAAAGAUUGCUGAGAUCCUCAAAGAUCGACCUUCUUGGUUCCGGGACUGCCGGAAUGUUGAAGUUUUCACGAUGUUUUCUGCAGGAAAUGGUGGUACAAUUGAGCUUUUGUAUACACAGAUAUACGCUCCUACCACCCUGGCUCCUGCACGUGAUUUUUGGACGCUGAGAUACACUACCACCCUAGAUACUGGUAGUCUUGUGGUCUGUGAAAGAUCCCUAUCUGGUACUGGGGCUGGCCCAAAUGCUGCUGCUGCUUCCCAGUUUGUAAGAGCUCAAAUGCUUCCAUCUGGAUAUCUGAUCCGACCAUGUGACGGCGGAGGAUCAAUCAUACAUAUUGUUGACCACCUGAAUCUUGAGGCUUGGAGUGCCCCUGAGAUACUGCGUCCACUUUAUGAAUCAUCAAAAGUUGUGGCACAGAAAAUGACUAUUGCGGCACUGCGAUAUGCUAGGCAAUUAGCUCAAGAGACUAGUGGUGAGGUAGUAUAUGGUCUAGGAAGACAACCCGCUGUUCUUCGAACAUUUAGCCAGAGAUUAUGCAGAGGGUUCAAUGAUGCCAUCAAUGGAUUCAGUGACGAUGGCUGGUCAAUGUUAAGUUCUGAUGGUGCUGAAGAUGUUAUAGUUGCUGUCAAUUCAAGGAAGAACCUCGCCACCACAUCCGUUCCUCUUUCUCCGCCUGGAGGCAUCCUUUGUGCCAAAGCAUCAAUGCUACUCCAGAAUGUUCCUCCUGCGGUACUGGUUCGGUUUCUGAGGGAGCACCGUUCAGAGUGGGCGGACUUUAAUGUUGAUGCCUAUGUAGCUUCUUCAUUGAAAUCUUGUCCGUAUUCAUAUCCUGGGAUGAGGCCUACCAGAUUUACCGGAAGCCAGAUAAUAAUGCCACUUGGCCACACAAUUGAGCAUGAAGAAAUGCUUGAGGUUAUUAGACUCGAAGGACACUCUAUUGGUCAGGAAGAUGCUUUUAUGCCAAGAGAUAUUCACCUUCUACAGAUGUGUAGUGGCACUGAUGAAAAUGCAGUUGGAGCCUGUUCGGAACUAGUUUUUGCUCCUAUUGAUGAGAUGUUUCCAGAUGAUGCACCUUUGCUGCCCUCCGGGUUUCGCAUCAUUCCUCUCGAAUCAAAAUCAAGCGAUUCCCAUGAUACAUUGAACACUCAUAGAACCUUGGAUCUAGCAUCAAGUCUUGAAGUAGGCGCAGCUACGAACCCUGCUACCGGAGAUGCAGCCUCUUGUUACAGUGCACGAUCUGUACUGACAAUUGCUUUCCAAUUCCCAUUUGAGGACAAUCUUCAGGAAAACGUGGCUACCAUGGCCCGCCAGUAUGUCCGCAGUGUGGUUUCAUCUGUUCAACGGGUUGCCAUGGCAAUAUCUCCUAGCGGAGUGAAUCCAACACUCGGGUCCAAGCUUUCUCCUGCCUCACCAGAAGCUGUAACGUUGUCGCAUUGGAUUUGCCAGAGCUAUAGUUAUCACAUGGGCACGGAGUUACUUCGAGCUGAUUCUAGUGGCGAUGAAUCAGUGCUAAAGAAUCUCUGGCAACACCAGGAUGCUAUUUUGUGCUGCUCACUAAAGUCGCUGCCAGUUUUCAUUUUUGCAAAUAAGGCCGGGCUUGACAUGCUGGAGACGACAUUAGUCGCUUUACAGGACAUUUCUCUAGAUAAGAUCUUUGAUGAAUCCGGGAGGAAAGUGUUGUUCGCAGAAUUUCCCAAGAUCAUGGAACAGGGUUUCGCGUGUUUGCCGGGUGGUAUCUGCAUGUCAGCAAUGGGACGACAUAUUUCGUAUGAACAAGCUAUUGCAUGGAAAGUCUUUGCGUCUUCUGAAGAAAAUACUGUCCACUGCCUGGCCUUUUCAUUUAUUAACUGGUCAUUCGUGUAAUGCUGUCAAUUCUUUUGUUCUUUUCUUUCGACCUUCAUCACAGAACACUGACAGCCAGGAACAAACAGUUGAGUGCGAAGAUCUGGAGACGAACGAAAAUUUUUGUAAUAUGUAAAAUUCCCAGCUUCUUCUGCAUUAAUUUAAGUAGACUGGAAGUUGUAUUUCAUUUCUUGGUACUCUGUAAAUCUUACUAGUGCAGCUCUUCUUUUUUGAGUGAA